UGUCCCGGCUGCCGGGUGGGAGCCGGGCCGCGCAACGCGCAUGCUCCAAGAGCGGCGCCCCCGACUCUGCGCUCGGCUCCGCUCGGGUAUUUCCGCCUCUUUGUUUUAAACUCCGGACGGGUUUUUUUCUCCUGCUCUUGGGGGGGACCCGGAGGGAGCGGCGCCCCCUCCCCCUCCCGGCGCGGCCCCCGCGUGCGCCCCGCUCGCCCGCAGCUGAGACGGCAGGUAAAGGAAGAGACCUGUUUACCUGAGGAGCUGAAGCUGCUGUUCUGGGGAGCCGGGCUCCGUGUGGACAGCACGUGUGGGUGACGCCUCGUCCCGUGUGUCUCCCCAGGCUUCAGAAUGUAGCAGAGGAUCCGGCUGUAUGUACAGAAAAUGGAAAGUCAGCGAGGGCCACAAGGAAGGCGCAGACGUGACGAGCCAGGGCGCGGAGGGCACGGCGGACGAGGAGUGACCGCAUCACACCCGUAGCUGGAAGCGUCCGAUGCGGAGGCAGCAGGAGGGGACAGACGGCCUCGCGAGGAGGUUAUUUCCCGUUACUUCCUGCUCCACGAGGCGUGUGGGCCCUUCUUCAUGGAGCUGGUCCCAGCAGGUCCGAGGGGUCAGGCCGGGCUCGGCACAGCACGUGGCGACCAUGACAUCAGAGCGCCUUGGAACCCGCUUCAGGGGCCGCGGGAGAGGUGUGUCUAGUGGGGACCGUGUGCCGGCUCGCUCCCGGGAUCGAGGGGAGAGCAGAGACGCGGGUGAGCAGCCGCGAGUGGAAACCGUAGGGCCUUCCUGCUGGUGUAGAGGCUGAGCCUGGCAGCCUUGCCGGUCGCAUCCAUCUGCGCUGUUGGUUGAUUCCGCUGGGUGUCAGUAAGCCAAAGAUGUUGACCAGAAAGAUUAAACUCUGGGACAUAAACGCCCACAUCACCUGCCGCCUGUGCAGUGGAUAUCUCAUCGACGCAACCACGGUGACCGAGUGUCUGCACACAUUCUGCCGGAGCUGCCUGGUGAAGUACCUGGAGGAGAACAACACGUGCCCCACGUGCAGGAUCGUCAUCCACCAGAGCCACCCCCUGCAGUACAUCGGUCAUGACAGAACCAUGCAGGAUAUUGUUUACAAGUUGGUCCCAGGCCUCCAAGAAGCGGAAAUGAGAAAACAGAGGGAAUUCUACCACAAGUUAGGCCUGGAAGUUCCUGGAGACAUCAAGGGGGAGACCUGUUCUACAAAACAGCACCUGGAUUCCCAUCGGAACGGAGAAACCAAAGCAGAUGAGAGCUCGAACAAAGAAGCGGCGGAAGAGAAGCAGGAGGAGGACGGGGACUACCACAGGAGCGACGAGCAGGUGAGCAUCUGUCUCGAAUGCAACAGCAGCAAACUGCGGGGCUUGAAACGGAAAUGGAUCCGCUGCUCAGCCCAGGCCACAGUCCUGCACCUGAAGAAGUUCAUUGCCAAAAAACUCAACCUCUCGUCUUUCAACGAGCUGGACAUUUUAUGCAACGAGGAGAUCCUGGGCAAGGACCACACGCUGAAAUUCGUCGUCGUCACGAGGUGGAGAUUCAAGAAGGCGCCGCUCCUGCUGCACUACAGACCCAAGAUGGACCUGCUGUGAGCCGCAGCGCAGCACAGACUCAGCCCGCGAGCUCGCGGCAGGCGGGCCCACAGGCGCCAGGAGGCUGCCCUGGGCGCCGUGUGGACUAGGCCCCGAACAGAGUAUUUAUCCCUUUUGUAUGAGAGAGAAUCGCAAUCGCUGAGACGCUCUGGCACAGGGUUCCCGAUGUGACGCGCCUUGUGGCCGGAGCCACCUCUGCUCCAGCGCGGACCAGCAGGAGGACGUGGCGACGGCCUGCAUCCCGACACGUGACCUUUGCUUGCUUUCCAGGUCUUGAAAAUCUGUCACUUCCGUUCAGUUUAUGAAUUAGGUUUCACGAGAAGCCCCCAAAAUAUGUGUACGUUUAUCGAAUCCUUCCUAAGUUAUUGAAAACAUGUCUUUUCAUGGUGAAUGACGAUAUUUAUGUUGUCUUUAGCUUCCUGAAGACUUAGAAGAUAUAUAAAAAUAUAAUUUAAAAGCAUACCAAAAGAGGUUUCCGUGAGUAUCGUGAGUUAACCACGGUAUUUCCUUUUCCACGUUAGGGAUCGAGACGCCGAGGCUGCCCUGACGCCCGGGGGCCUGCGGCCUGGGGUGGGUAGGGCUGCACCCCGACGCCGACGCGCUGUCCCGGCCGCCCAGCAGGGCGGGCCCGUCAGCGCCUGUUCGCAGAACUGAUUCUUGUUCUCAGAAAUCUCUUUUAUUAACUAGGGCACAGGUUGUUCAGUGCUGUCGUUUAAUUUCCAGCUUAUUCUUUCCCAUUUUCAUUUCACUGAGGAUGUUGAUGGUGGUUGUGGGGGCACCUUUCCAAAACAUCGCCCCGCCAAGGCAGGGCUGGUGCCCGGGGGCAUGUCUCCUCAGAUCCCCGGCCUGCAGACCCCUGUGCCGUCACCUUCAGAGGUGGGGGGUGCCCGCCCGGCCUGCCCCGCCGCUCCUGGUGGGGAAGCUGGAGCCACAGAGGGCGGGGUGCGUGGGGUCCUGUGCCUUUUCAGGGACAGUGACCUAAAAUGCGGCUGAAGGCAGCACACCCUCUGUGAACCCUUUCUCUUCCCGAAUGUUAGUAUUUUUGUGGAAUUAGAGAAUACACUCUUUGCCAGCACCUCCACUUUUGUUCCUUUAAGAUGGUAACUUGCGAUGCGUAAAGAUAGGGACAGAGAGAAGGGCCUCUCCUGGGCCGUGAGCCGGUCCCUGCACCGUGGCCGCCCCGUUCAUGUCUGGUGACUUCUGCCUGGCCUUUGGGCUCCUCCCCCUCUGUCACCUCCUGCACCUCCGGGGCCCUGGGGUCCCCAGGCCACCUCGCUUGGUAGGUGGUCCUGACGGUGGCUUGAGAGGUGGGUUUUCCCUGAAGAACUUCACUUGGUGACUAGAAUUGUUCUUAAACUUUGGAAGUGGUGGUCGGGCUCACUGACGUUCAGGUUUGUUUUCUCCUGCUUCCUGUUUGCUGUGCACAGACGUCAGAAGCAGCUCCUCAGUGACGAGAGAAACAGAGUAGCUCAGUCCCAGUGGCUUUAGCAUAAGGCCUUUCAAAACCGUGAAACCAAGUUUUUCUUAGGAAUCGGUCAAAAUUCACCUCUUUAUUUGAGCCCAUUACUCCCAGGACGGUUUGAAUUAUUCAGUUACCUAAGCUUGCUAUUCAUCCAAAUCAUUUUUUUAGAGUUACUAUUCAAGGGUAUAAUGAGUAGAUGUGUAUGAGUAACUAUGACCUGUCUACCUCAGAUACACAUUUCUGCUGAAGCGUUCUGUAAGACCAUGCGUUCUCAGUGCAGUUGAAGUGUAACAUUAGAAUUUAGGUAUUUUCCUGUGUGGUGACAGUAAGGAAGGACUGAACAGUAUGAGCGUCCAGAUUCAAAUAAAAUGAAUUCACAGGUCAGAUGGAAAUGAACCUGGCUGUAUAAUCUCAUAGUAUAUGUUUGUAACUUUGCAGCUAUCUGUGCGAUCACUUGAAUAGGCUAUGGUGCUAAGUCGAUGUAUUUAAUACACAGAGAGGUGCAGGCGAGUCGGAGCCGGUCACAUCCCCGCGGGGCCCUGACCCCAUGCUGACCCCGCGUUUGUAACCGUGUUACCUUGAUGAAACCUCAGCCGCAGAAGUACCUAUUUUUCUAAGGUGUCCUCGUGCAGACUGCCUUCACUGCAGGAGAUCCCUGGUCUCGCUGUCAGAGGGAAACUUUCACUUUUCUCAUGCGUCUGUUUAACAUCAGAGGCAGGAUUUUAUCUUUUCCAGCAUGAAAGCCAGGAUCAGUUAGUGAUUGGAUCCUAUUAAGUUUUUUUUUUUAACAGAUGGAGUUGCUGUGAAGUAGUUUUCACGACUCUUUAUGCUGGUAAAACAAACGCUGUCGGUGACCGAACGGCACCCUCGUCAGCAGCACAGGGUCUCCCUAGAUACAGGUGUCAUGAAAAUAGAAGAUGCAGAUAGACUAUAUAAUAUUGAAUUUAAGAUUUGGGGGGUUAAAAGAAGAAAACUUAACUUUAUAAAAUUAUUUAUUCUAUUUUAAGCCUUCUAUCAUAUUUUCCCAUCCAGUUGUUUGGUUUCAGUGGUCCAGCUUUAUUUACAGGCAUAUAAAAUGAAAUUGUGAGGUGUUUUGCAAGCUUCUUCUUUUUCCUUUGAGUAGGUUUUAACGUGUGUGUCUUGUCUCACGUGGAUGAGGAGCGGUUCGUGCUCCUGCGCAGGAGGCCACAGCGUGCGUUCAGAAGGCUGUGUCACCUUGUCCGCAGCAGCUGUUCUGCUGAGUGAGAGGUGUAGGCGGACUCUCAGAACACGUAUGUUCAGUGCUUUGAUUUUCCUUUUCCAUUGCUGUUCUCAUGAGAACACUUGCUGGGAGUGAGUGUGGGCCUGUGUGAGGGGCGUCGGCCAUCGUGAGAGCGAGUGACUGGCCGGCAGCCGCGAGGUGACAUGUGGCCUGCACUGGCCUCGCGCCACAGACCCCACGUGCUGGCGGCCAGGACGCACCCCUGUGUCGACCACAGCUGUGACGGUGCUACUUUCCUGGGCUCCUGAGCCCUGCAGGGCGUGCGGCCUAGAUGCCUCUUUGUGGUAUUCGAGGUCCUUAGAAAUUCAUUCUUGUUUUUUUUUCCUCAAAGCCCACAGGAUGGAUUUUAGUGAUUUUGAAAUGUGUCAUUGGAUUGAAUGUUGUAGGAACGAGCCAGCUGAUUUCCACUUUGUUUGUGAAUAUUUGAUGUGCUCUCAAAACAUUGAAAAUAUAUGUUUAGUGCAGAUAAAUCACAAAAAUUCAGUUUCUGUGUUUCCUUAGGAAAUCAUUUACACUCCAGGCCAUCACGCUGACCUUAGCGUGAUAAACCCAUGUGUUUCUCUGCCUUGGUGUUUAAACAAACUCAGUAGGUUGGGAUAAGUCAGUUAGAAAACGAUUCAGACGACACCGAAAUCAUCACUGAGAUUCUGUCCCUGCCUGGGGACUGCCUGGCUCCUCACCAGCUCAUGGGGGUCUCCACGUCCGCCAGCGCAUCUGAAGGGGGGCCUGGGGUUUGCGUGUCCCCUAGAACAUGUGUAGCGUUAGCGUAAAUGUCAAUUCCAACAGCUUCACUGGGUGCAAGGAAACCAUUUUUCCCGAGUGAUGUAGCGUCGGGCGAGAGCCCUCGCCAACCCUGGCGUCCCGCGUGGAGAUCGGGGGCUGUGGGGGGUUGUGGAGGUGACUCUGCAGACACAUGUUUUUGACUGUUUAGUUUGGAAGUUUACAUUUUUUAUGCUUUGUGUUGGUGUGUAAUUUUUUGUACUCUUGGUGGCUAGUUUUUUUAUCUAAAAUCUUUUUUGGAAUAUUGCUUAAAUGUUUUGAUUUUAUGAUAGUGAAGCUUGUAUUCAGUGUUUUGCCAAUUGAUAUUAUAUGCUUGUAAUAAAAGCAAAAGGAAAACUACCUAGUUCUCUGAGGCUGGACAUUUGUUGCCUAAGAUGUUUGUAAGAGCGUAAGAUAGAUGCCGUGUUGGCGUGAUACAGUGUGACGAAACGUGCCACUGGUCUUGGUGAGGGCACACGCCACACCAGGCCCUCCCCUCCCCACCCGGCUUGGACCCUCCCAGGUUAAGGCCUCUGCCCCAGGUGGCACUUGUGACUGUGACCUCGGAGGCAGAACCUCAUGAAGCUGAUC